AUGAAGUUCGUUCCAGAGUAUCCACAGAAACUUCCUACCCUGAAGCCAGCACCCAUUGACAAGAGAGAGCCACCGGACGACCAGCAGCCUCGCAAAUUCGUCAUCUAUGGCCCUACAGCGUCAUCGACGUAUGAGCCAAGCCCUUACCAUCAUCAUCGUAUCCCGCAAAGUCGAUCUUUAGAUCACAUCAUGAACCCUUAUUCUGCACGCGAUGAGAAUUACAAUCGAUCAGCGACACCAGAGUUGACCUCUAGUGCUCCUGGACCUAUUAACAGCCCGUAUUACACUGCAGUGCCCACUCAGAACGCCAUGAAGCCAUCGGCAGAUGGACAGCAGUACACCCUUUACCAACGAGGCGGUGAAUCCCUUGGCCCGACUGCGGAAGAAGCUAUCAAAGCAUCUCGAUCAUCGAGAUUCGAGCCGAUCUUACCGUCGACAAAUUGUAUAACGUUGCUACCCAAGAAUGCUAUCACAAUGCCGCCGAAAAACCAUCCAAUGCAGAAUCCUCGUGAUCCACGGCCUGAAGUGCACCACCACUCACCCGAUUCCAGAAUUUCCCGAACCGUCCUUCCAGCGACGCCCAAGAACCUAGCUAUAACUCGUGCCAAGUAUGUCCCUGACUUGCUAUGGGAGGAUCAGCCUUUCUUCAAGCUUCUCACCGAGGUCACUGGACCGCCGGGCUCUAUCACGGAGUAUCGAUGUACAUGGGCAGAUAUCUUGAUGCGUAUGGAACCAGAGACCAUCGAUCACACAAUGGCGGACGAGGAUCGCAAGCGAAACUGCCUCAACAUGCUCGGAAGUAGGACGUAUUAUCCCCACUACAAGCUGACAUCUUGGUUCAUUCAUGAUCACAAUACUGGAGCCAACCGCGCUGGGAUCUUCUCGCUAUUGUCUGAUUGGCAUAUUGCUAACAACACAUCCCGUGGAAUCUCUCCAGGUUACAUCAACCCAGCACUUGGAGAGAUCCCAAAUAAUCGUAUAGUCGUUCCCGCCAUCUCGGAACGCUGCGGCAGGAGACUUUGUGGAGGACGAGUGAUGAAGCGUAUGAGGGACGAGGGAUUGGUAGACACUGACUACCAAGGCCCAAAAAUCAAGCAGACCAUAAGAAGCAGCGAGAGAAUUCAGAAAAUGAACAAGGGAAAGGAUAUCAAGAGCUAUGCGUCCAACGAGUCAGACGACACCAAUGACAACGAAGCUCUACCUGCCGUCGUCUUUGCAGACAGGCUCAAUCACGCCAAUGGAUUACUGAAUCCGAGCAGCUGUGUCUCAGCCCCAGUUCCCCCGGUGAUCCCUUCACUAAAUGAAAUCGAAAUUACUGCACCAGAGUUCUUUCGCACGUCGCAACCAAUCAUUGAGCCAACACACGGCUCUCCAUUUGUUGGACGUCGUCGUUCUCGUUCUCCCACGCAUUUCGCUGGCUGGGAAGAGCAGUGGCCUGUAGGACCUGAGUAUGCGGGUAUGGUCAAUGGACGUCCUGCAUUCCAUAUGCAUCCCAGCCUAUACCACCACUUCUUCGACCCCAAUUACACUCCAAUCGACCCUGAAUUGGAGGGGUCAAGCCCCGACUAA